AUUGAACAUGUCCGUAGCACCAAAGGACGGAUGGGCAUGCUUCGACGAUAGCGACGACGACGAAGGAGUCGCCGAGACGGCGGUGCACGGAUCCGCCACGUUACUCGCUGGACGCAUCUUCACCGAGAUUGCGCGGCACUAUCCUGCUCGGCAAAAGGCCCAUGCCGUGGACUUAGUGCUACGUCCAACAGCCGUCAUUGUUGCGAAUGCCGAGAUGCAGCAGCUUUUGGAACAGCGGCUGACCGAUGCAGGCUGGCAGCUUGUGUCUGACGUAAACAAGGUUGUGGAUGUCGUCGUGGACCUUGUUUCGUUUGCACAGGUGAGUGCCAUUUCCGGCGAGGCUGCGGCGAAGAUUGCCGAGCGUCUUCACGACCGUGUGCUCCCCGGUGGCCUGGUCAUCACUGAAAUUCCGUCGAGUGUCUCAGUCGAUUGGACGUCUGAGCUAUGGAGCACAUCUCAAACGUUGUCAUCGUCUGCGCUGAUGUUUGGUUCGUCGAAGUUUGAGCAGUUUGCACUCACUCGUCGAGCGGGGGUCGCCAACUCAGUGCACUAUCGAAUGGACCCACCAACGUCUCUCGCGCUUGACGUCGAACGCCAAUGGAUUGACACCGUCACUAUCGGCCGCACGUACAACGAGCGGCAGCAUGGCGUGUUGUCCGUCGAAUCGCAUGAGCGAGCCGUUCGCGUCCUUCGGGACUACGGUGUCGUCAUUCUCCGUGGCUUGUUUGACCCUGACACGGUUCGAAAAUGGAGCGCCGCGGCGCUGGAAGACUUUGCCGAUGUCGCGCGCAUUCUAAAAGAGCGCCAUGACAUGGACGUGUUCAAACCAGGCGAGAAACCGCCUCGCCACAACUUUGUCGAGUUUGCAACGCGAGAAGCGUUCCGGUGCGAUCUCCGGCACACCCCUCGACUGACCAAACUUCGCGAAACCCAUCCCGACCCAUCCGACCGGACGAGUCGCGAAAUCAACCCACGUCAUCCUGUUGUGCUUGCCAUCUUGGAAGACGUGGCACAACCAGAUGGCGGUCCGCUCAAUGCAGGCAACUACGGACUGUGGAAUUUUAGCUUUGGUGGACCCGGUAGUCGCCAGCCACUCAUCCAUGGCGACGUCGGCGCCAUCGUGAGCACUCCCGGCUGCUUCAACCAGAAGAUACACGCCGACAUUCCACAUCUGUUCAACACACUGGACUUGCCGCCGCACCUCCUCCACAUGUUCCUUCCAGCCUGCGAAGAUGGAGGGUUCGACGCUGGCCAGACGGCAUUUGUGCUCGAGUCGCAUCGCCUUGCAACGUGCGCAAGGAUGAUGGCUGAGGAUGGACGAGGUGUCGAAGAGUGUGUGGUCAAGACGAUCCGACCGCACCUUGGCCCCGGUGAUGUCGUCGUUUUCGACUGCCGCGUCCUGCACUUAGGGCUGGCCAACACGACUGCUGCUCGAGGAGCUGAAGUUGAAGGCGUGCGGCGGCCGAUUUUGUACGUCAACUGGCACGCGCCAUGGUUCGAAGACAAGAAGAACUGGGAACCCACGUCGUUGUUCCAGUAAUCCGACGCACCGUCAUUGCCUGCUUCGGUGACGUCAUAGCAAAAUUCAACGCUGAGAGACAGCUAGCAAGUGUAACAAUGGGAGAUCCUCGUAUUCGAAUUCGAUCUUACGUUCAGGCGGCGAUGCCAUGGCAGCAUGCAGUGCAGCGACUGCAGCAAAAUGCAUCGAAUGACGACAUUGUGUGUGCUAGGCAGGGCGGGUAGACAUAUCCACACAGUUACUGGAACAUGGUGCGUAGCUUGUGUUCGAGUGCGCACAACGCGCCGAGGUCUGCGUUCCCCAGGAGGUCGGAGAACGCUUCGAGGACUCCUAUCCUUGGCACGUAGCCUUCGAUGCAGCCGAGCGAGUCAAACUCGUACAGCUGGAUCACGAUCAUUUCGAUCAUUUGGCCAAGGAGCAAUUGCACAAGCGCCUCGUACUGGAACACAAGGGGGUAGUACAAUUCGAGCAUCUUGCGUGUGAUGCGUUGAGAAAUGAUCGUCUUGAGUUCGCUCACGAGCACGGCCCCUGAAUCGUCCAGGAUGUUGGCGGAACUGACAAACUUCAUCCGGUAGUUCAUGUGAAUGGAGGCGUACAUGCGGUGGGCACUGACGAGCUUGUCCACGCCCUUGGACGUGAAGGUCACUCCUGUGAUGUGGAGGUCCUCGCGCAUGAUGGACCGAAUGAAUUGCUCCUGCCUCUGCCCUUCGGAUUUGUUCUUGUGGUCGAACCCAAACUCAAACAACGUGCAAUACUCGAACAUGAUCUUGGUCGAGUAGCGGUCGUUUAGCACGGUGGCUUGCAUCGGGUAGUCGAGCAUGCAGUCGCGUUUGCCCUCGAGGCGGUGUAUGUCUCGCUGAAUGUCUCUUACUUCUUCUGCGAGGCGUUCUUCUUUCCGCCGCGAGCGCCGGAUGCCACCGCGGCCCCCUGCUGAGCCGGCACGUGGGCUUCGCGCCAUCGUCGUCGUGAAGGGGGUAGCAGACUCCGUGUCAUCUGCAGACGAUGCAGCCAGCGCCGACGGCCGUUUGGAAGGUACCGCUUUCGCCUGCUGCUGUGCCAUUCCACUCGACAAACUGUCCUCCUUUGCGUGUGCUUUUGCUGAUCUGGCACGUGGACUUUGCGUCAUCAUCGUCGUGGAGGGGGUAGCAGCCUCCAUGUCUUGUGCAGACGAUGCAGCCAGCGCUGACGGCCGUUUGACAGGCCCCGCCUUCGCCCGCCG